AUGUCUUCUCAUCCUCAAUCAGAAUCUUCAUCAACAAGGAUUGAAGAAGAACAUUGUGACAAUUUAAAGAUGGAGGAGUUGGAUGUCGCUGUUUUAAAAAAGGUUAAUUCAGUUGAGGAAGUUGUAGGGUGGAAACAAAUCUCAUCGGAGGAUGUAAUCUUGAGAAGAAUUCUCAGUUUUUGUAGUUUCCAAGAACAAUCAUCAAUGGAACUUGUCAACAAACAAUGGAGGAAGUGUGUCAAUGUUGAGGGGUUUGUAUUGGAAAAUAAUAAGAAGAAUAUUGAAAAAUUCGAUUCGGAAUUAUUUCCAAAACUCUUAGCAAGACAUGGCUCAAACCUGAAAUCGUUCAAAGUCACAGCUUCUUACUGGGAACAAAAGAAUACAAAAUUGAUAACACCCCAAAUACUUGUGCAGCUGUCUAAAUAUUGCCCAGAUCUUGAGGAGCUUCAUAUUCCAAUGUGUCACAAUCUUACAGAAUCUGAUAUCAAUCCAUUGAGAGGACUGACCAAGUUGAACAAACUUGAGAAAUUGGAUUUGAGUGGAUGUAACCUCACUGAUGAUCAUUUGAAGAGUCUGACUGGUCUGAGAAAUAUCAGGGAACUAAACUUGAGCAUAAAUCGAUAUGUGUCAGACUUGGGAAUCAAGUAUCUUUUCCAAGCUUCUGAUAGUCUUAUUGGAAGUAAGAUUGAAGCUUUGGAUUUGAGUUUUACUUCAGUCUCUGACAAUUCUCUUCUCUGCCUUAGAUCUUUGACCAACCUUAAACAAUUGCACUUGAUGCAGUCCUCCAUUUCUCCGAAAUGUCUUUCCCAACUUUUAACCUCCGAGGGUGGCCCAACAAUUGAGAAAUUGAAUCUCCUCAAUUGCACCAACAUUACCUCCUUGAACUUUUUAAAAAAUUAUUGUAAAUUACGAGCACUUAUGGUUUCCUUUUCUCAAAAGGACCAAAGAUCAAUCAAUGAUGAUAUUGACUUUAUUGAAAAACAAACUUCCCUGAAAGAAUUAGUUCUAGUUGAGGUAAAUUUACUAAACUCUCCACUAUUGGAAGCUAUUUCAAAACUGUCACAACUUGAUACACUCAGUUUGAGAUGUAAGAGAAUUGAACUCAAGAGCAAGCAACUUCCAGACCUCCUUUCCAAAUUGACAAACCUCAAAAAACUUGAUAUUUUAUGCGAACAAGUGGAUCCUAUUGAAGAAGGAAUUUUGGAUAUCAUUUCUCGUAUUCCUGAAUUAGAAGCUGUUUCAGUACAGUGCCACAGAAGGGCAAAGGCCAUUAACUUGUUAGAUGAAAUUUUAGGCAAGCUAUCUCUCUCAAAAAUGGGCCACGCCCUUAAACACUUCUCAGUUCAAGUUCCUGGAUAUACUCUUGGCGAGUCUGGUUUCAGAUUCCUCUCCAAAUGUUCAAAUCUCGAAGCAUUGGAUGCUCCAAUAGGCGAUAAUAUUAGAGUUUCUGCAGAGACUCGUUUCAACAAUCUUAAAUCACUUCAAAUUCAACAAGUUACGCCUUCCAAAGCAAUCUCUCAGUCAACAUUCGAUUCUCUUAUCAAAAGUACCAAUGGAAAGCUAGAAAAAUUAUCUUGCCAUCAGUUCCCAACAAUUGCAAGACUUGGAGCUAGAUCUCGAGAUUAUGAAUGGCAAGGAUAA